AUGUACUCUCCACCCGCCAUCUUUGCCGACCCAGGCGGGCGUCCAUUGCACACCGCCUCCACUCCCUGUCAACACAAACCAGCAGGACAGCCUAUCCCCAGUUACCUGGUAGGCGACUCCGACAAACACAAGAAGAAGCAUGAAAAGUCAUCUCGUUCUCGACGAGGGACCAGCUCCGUGCCCUAUAAGCAAACCGCUGUAGCCAACCAGCCCAGGCAGACCACAACGGUCGGCCACAUUCCUCCUCCUGCCCACCUGCCACCCCACACCAUCGCCGUCCCUACCUCGUUCAGUCUCUAUAACCGCGCCCGCAUGCCUUGGCACGAACGCCUCUUCCUCGGCACCAGGAAAGACCCGCUCUACCGCAUCUCCUCCAGCCGCGCCGAAGUCCGCCUGCGGAGCGGACUGGAGGCCCAUGAGCCUGUCGUUGCUGCGCUGCGGCAUAAGUGCAUCAAGUCGUCGAGCAGUGGACAUGUGACCCUUGCACGCGAUGGUGGCCGGGUCUUUCACCUUCACGAGAGGUACGGCUUCACGGUUGAUGUGCCCCGCCCUGGCGCUGGUGAUACCAAUGGCACCGGCCCCGGUAAAAUUAGGGAGAGCACGCGUCCUGAGAAGUUUGAGUGGAGAUAUAGCAGGGGCCUAGCGGUGCGGACGCUUGGUCGUCGCUCGGGGUAUAAGCUUGUGAGGCUGGCGACGGAUGCGGGCAGUGCGGGCGGAGAGCUGGCCACGGGGGGUGGCGAGGUGGUUGCAGUCCUGACGACGCACUCGGGGCAUUCUCCUUGGAAUAAAGCGGCAAAAUUCAGGUUCCAGGGCAGCGGUGCGCAGGGGAUCCUCGGAGAGCGGUGGCAACUCAUGGCAGUCAUGACUGGCAUUGGCAUUUGGGAUAUCAGCCGUAAAAAACGCUGA